UUCGCGCAAAACCUUCCUUCCUAGUGACACAUAUGAACAAAACGUUUGCUUUUGACGCAAGUUUACACCACCAUACAUUUUAGUGGCAACAUGCGGGGCAGCGUCUAAAGACCCCUGGACGAGGGCCAAAGUGAGGAAAAGCAGCCUAGUUCAGAGUUCAACGACGCCAGCGAAGUUGCGGUCUCAGCGGCUAGCAUAAACCAGGCGAGCCGUGCUUUACACGUGGAAAGGCCCAUUUUGUGCUGCUGAACCAUGUGAGAAACCUUACCCCCUUGGUGCACUAAAGUCUGGACGGAUAUUAAGAUGUUAUCCCGAGACUGCCCGCAGUGACACUGCCCCACAUUCAGUUACUUAAACGGCAGAUCUUCUGAUGACCUAAUGGAACUGAAGUUACAAGUAGUGCUGUUCUGGGUCAUGGUGCUGCACUGUGGCUCUGCUGAAGGCAGUAUCCUGUACCGGGUCCAGGAGGAGCAGCCUCCCAACACUCUUAUUGGUAGCCUGGCAUCAGACCAGGGCCUGCCAGACUCUGGUCAUCUCUACAAGCUGGAGGUGGGUGCCCCUUACCUCCGUGUCGAUGGAAAGACGGGUGACAUUUUCACCACAGAGAUUCCCAUAGACAGAGAGACACUGAGAGACUGUCGAUCCCUGGCUAAGGGUAAGCCCUGCUACCUGGAAUUUGAAGUAUCGGUGACAGAUCUGAUACAAAACCAGAGCCCACGACUCAUUGAAGGACGCAUUGAGGUACAGGACAUCAAUGACAACACUCCACAGUUUCCCUCUUCUGUGCUCACCAUCUCUGUCCCAGAGAACACGAUCAUGGGGGCGCUGUUCUCCAUACCUCUAGCUACAGACAGGGACUCAGACAGGAAUGGGGUGGCGGAUUAUGCUCUUACUGCAGGGCCAGACGCAGCAACCCUGUUUGGUUUACAGGUGGCUGACGACAGGGGGGGGAAGCUCCCACAGCUCAUUGUCCUGGGCAACCUAGAUCGUGAGUUAAAGGAUUCCUAUGACCUCACCAUCAAGGCAGUGGAUGGAGGGAACCCACAGCGCUACAGCAGUGCUCUGCUGAGAGUGGUAGUAACUGAUGCCAAUGACAACUCUCCCAAGUUUGAAAGGUCCACGUAUGAGGCAGAAGUGUCGGAAAACAGUCCAGUGGGGCACUCUGUGUUGCAGGUCAAAGCAAAUGACUCUGACAUGGGCCCUAACGGAGAAAUUGAGUAUACCCUUCACCAAGCAGUCGACCCAGUGCCGAAACUCUUACGAAUUGAUCGGUCCACUGGCAUUAUCUAUGUCAAAGGAUCCCUGGACAGGGAGGAAAUCAGCAGCUUGUCCUUCUAUGUGGUGGCGAGGGAUAAGGGUCCUCAACCUAAAAGCUCAAAGACAUUUGUAACCAUUGAGGUGACUGACCAAAAUGACAACGCUCCUGCUGUGGAGAUUCGUGGAAUUGGUCUUGUGACACACAGUGAAGGAGUGGCUAACAUUUCAGAGGACAUGCCCGUUGGAACAGCCGUUGCUUUGGUGCAAGUGUCUGACAAGGAUGAGGGAGAGAAUGCUGUGGUCACUUGUGUGGUCGCGGGAGAUGUGCCCUUCCAGCUCCGCCCUGCCAGCGACUCAUCCAGUGACAACAAGAGAAAGUAUUUCCUACAGACCACCACUCCCCUCGACUACGAAAGGAUUAGGGAUUACCGUGUAGAGAUUGUGGCUGUGGAUUCUGGAAAUCCAGCACUUUCUAGUACAAAUUCUCUGAAGGUGCAGGUGACUGAUGUGAACGACAACUCUCCAAUAUUCUCGCCAACCGUGUUUGAGGUAGAUUUUGCUGAAGAAAACCAACCAGGUGAGAAGGUUUUGGAUGUUAUAGCGUCAGAUGCUGACAGUGGCACUAACGCAGAACUCCUCUAUAAUAUUGUGGCGGACUCAUCCAUCAAAGGUCUGUUUGAGAUUGACCCAAAUACGGGCGAAGUAAGAGCCCGAAGCCCGCUUGACCGUGAGCAUAAAGAACGCUACGAGUUCCGGGUCACUGCAACAGAUAAAGGGUCACCUGUUCAUAAAGGUACAGCAACUGUUGUAAUAAAAGUUCUUGACCGCAAUGACAAUGACCCCAAGUUCAUGCUUAGUGGCUACAGCUUUUCAGUUUUGGAAAACAUGCCUCCCCUCAGUCCAGUUGGCAUGGUGACAGUCCUGGAUGUAGACAAAGGUGAGAACGCCCAUGUUCACCUCUCUGUAGAGCCUGAUGGAGGGAAGUUUGUUGUUCAAAAUGGAACAGGCACCAUUCUUUCAAGCAUCUCAUUUGACAGGGAGAAAGAGAGCAGCUAUACUUUCCGUCUAAAAGCAGUGGAUGAAGGAGAGCCACCUCGGUCUUCAUAUGUGGGCGUUACCAUCAAUGUACUGGAUGAAAAUGACAACGACCCUGUGGUCACAAAGCCCUCCAAUUCCUCUUUCAGGCGAUUGUCACCUCUAGCUUCCCCAGAUAGCCAUGUUGAGGUAGUGGAAGCUGAAGACCUGGAUAGUGGGCCUAACGCAGAGCUGGUCUUCAGUAUUACUGGGGGAAACCCUUACCAGUUAUUUCGCAUUUCCCCCUCCAGUGGGGAGAUCACUCUAGCAAAAGAGAUGACCCGCAAACAUGGUGGACUUCAUCGCCUAGUGGUGCGUGUGAGUGACAGGGGGAAGCCUGCACGUCAUGCCACUGCCCUGGUCCACAUCUAUGUCAAUGAAACCAUUUCAAAUGUCAGCUUAGUGGAGGCCCUAGUAGGACACAGUCUUUACACUCCACUGGACAGGGACAUUGCUGGUGAUCCUAACAAUGGUUUUGCUGCACAGCGUAGCAACAUUUUGUUUGGAAGCCUUGCCGGUGUGGCAGGUGUUGUCAUGUUGAUCUUGGUGGUGGUAUUUAUUCGACACCGCAUCCAGAGAGAAACGAAGAGUGGGUAUCAGGCCGGCAAGAAGGAAACUAAGGACUUAUAUGCACCCAAACAGGCACCAAAGAAUGCCAAAGGCAAACGAGGAAGGAAAGGAAAACCCCAAAAGUCCCCAAAACCACUCGGUGAAGAUGAGAAAGUCAGCCUUCAAAAGAGCCUCAAGUUCAACCUUGAUGGAGUCAAUGAUAGCCCCAGGAUACACCUGCCCUUAACCUAUUCACCCGGAAGUCCUGAUAUAGGCAGACACUACCGAUCCAACUCCCCCUUACCCUCCAUCCAGCUGCAGGCCCAAUCCCCUUCAGCCUCUCAGAAGCAUCAGGCUGUCCAGGACCUUCCUGCCGCCAACACCUUUGUAGGGACGGGAGGAGAUGACAACUCUACCGGCUCAGAUCAGUACUCAGAUUACAGCUACAAGACCAGCCAACUCAAGUACAGCAACAAACAGCAUCCCCAUCGGCGAGUGACCUUCUCCACCACCAACCCUGUGCAGGACCUGCAGGAUGCCUCUCAGCACAGCUACUAUGACAGCGGCUUGGAGGAAUCGGAGACUCCCAGCAGUAAGUCAUCAUCUGGUCCUCGCAUCGGACCCCUGACCCUGCCUGAAGACCACUAUGAGAGAACCACUCCAGAUGGCAGCAUUGGAGAGACCGAGCACCCUGAAAAUGAUAUCCGCUCCCUCCCUGAUGUGGCAAUGACCGGAAACUGUACAACCGAGUGCAGUGAAUUGGGCCACUCAGACGCCUGCUGGAUGCCCGGGCAUCCAUCCCCCGUACGCAAGACCAGGAACCCCCCGAAACUCUCCACCUUCGUGCCUUACCAGGAGAGAGGGAGCCUGGGACGCCUGGCUAACGGGAGCGCCAGGCUGGGUGGCGAGGAGCACCGGUCGCGCCUUCCGCCCUCCCGCAGUGCCUAUUCCAACAGUGGUCACGACGCCAGUCAGGACUGCCCCAUAGAGGAGAUGCCCCUGAGCGUAGCCUCUGAGUUCCCACCCACCUCCCCCUCUGCCCACACUCCAAAAAGAGAAAUUUACCUGUGA